AUGGUAGAUGUUGGCCUAUCAUUGCAAACGUCAUUAAUGACAACUGUUAUUGUUGUCAUAGCGAUCACCGUAUUGCGCUGUCAUUUUGAUUACUUUCAUAAGAAAAAGCAAUUUGCUACCAUUUUCUUGUUUAUAACAAUCACUUUAUUUGGUGAUUUUAUACGAACAACAUUUGGUCAAGUUGAUGCUGCCACUCAUAAGACUGGUCGUUCAACGGUAAACGGUCAUCAAUUACCCUUUAAUGUUCUCGUUGUAUUACCAGAAAGUGAAUCAAGCAACGAUAAUUUUGGGAUUACAAUGCCAAAAGCACGUCCAGUAAUUGAUAUCAGUGUAAUGGAUGCAAUCCAAACAGGAAAGAUAGGCGCAGAUUUCUUGAAUUUCACAUAUCAUGAUUCGAAAUUGUCGGAAAAUGCAAACUUAGCUGAACGUUUCGCAACUCUUGGUGUUGUGACAGCUUAUUGUUCGCAUCGUUUAGAUGCAAUUCUUGGAUUUGCGGAUAGCUAUAGUUUAGCAACUACAUCAAAGAUUACCGCUGCUUUUGGACAGGGUAUACCAGUAAUCACAACUGCUGGAAUGGUAUCAAUUCUUGACGAUCGACAAACAUAUCCAUUUCUCACUCGAAUACAAGGUAGCUAUCGACAAAUGGCCGAUAGUAUGUACAAGUUGAUUGCAUAUCGAGAAGAAUUUGAAAAAGGGUCAUCAACAGAAAAAGAAAAGAAUUACAGAAGAUCUACUACUAGCUCCGGAUUGCAAAGCAACUCACGUGAUCGUUUAGCGGUUCAGGAAUCACACUUAUCGUUGGGUUAUCAGAAUUUGGUUCUUAUGUAUCAUGACAAACGUCGAGCUAUUAAUCGACCAAGAUUAGCAAAUGGUGAAGUAAUGGUUGUGGAAAGUGUUUCCAGUCACUGUUAUUUUACGCUCUAUGCUAUCAAAAAUUUUUUCACCGAGAAAAGUGCUUAUUUCAAGGAAGCCUGGAAAAUUCAAACUCCAUCGUUGGCAUUCGAUGAAGAAAUUGCACGAAUUCCCGGUGAAAUUGAAAGUUGGCUAAAGAUUGUUUCCGAACUUGCUAAUGUGAUAAUAUUAUGUGCUUCGCCAAAUACUGUUCGAGAAGUUAUGCUUGCUGCAUAUGAUUUGGGUAUGGCUACAUCCGGUGAAUAUGUUUUUAUCAACAUUGAUGUUUCCACUGGAUCGCAUGCGGAACGGCCAUGGAUACGAUCAAACGAUACAACAUCACAGGAAAAUGAGAAAGCAAAAAAAGCAUAUCAGGCGCUAAAAACAAUUUCAUUAAGGCGUGGUGAUUUAGAUGAAUACAAGAAUUUCGAAUCACGUGUGAAAGAACGUGCUGAGAAAAAGUAUAAUUAUUCUGCUAAAACGGGUAAAGAGUAUGAGAUGAAUAAUUUUAUCAGCGCAUUUUAUGAUGCGCUUUUGCUUUAUGCGAUAGCAUUAAAUGAAACACUCAGUGAAGGUUUGAAUCCACGUAAUGGGCAAAAUAUAACAAGUAAAAUGUGGAGUCGAACUUUUGUUGGCAUUACGGGGAAUGUAUCAAUAGAUGAGAACGGUGAUCGUUAUUCAGAUUAUUCAUUGCUCGAUUUAGAUCCACAGCAAGAUAAAUUUGUUGAAGUGGCAUAUUAUUCGGGUGCAUCAAAUGAAUUAAAGCAAGUGGCAGAAUUUCAUUGGGUUGGUGGUAGUCCACCAAAAGAUUCACCAAUAUGUGGUUGGAAUCAUUCAAAAUGUCCCGAAGGUUAUCCGUUUUAUGUGUAUCUGCUCAGUGGCUCCACUAUUUUUAUUUUGAUACUCAUGUCUGGUUUCAUUUAUUUCUGGAGGCGAUAUCGAUUAGAAGCUGAAUUGGCUGCAAUGUCAUGGAAAAUUCGCUGGGAAGACUUGGACGGUAAUGAAAUGAAGAAGGGUAAGAAGAAAAGUAGACGAAUGCGACGAUUACAUGGUUUCAAUUUUGAAUCCGAAGCACUGCUCCGAUCAUGUAGCCGAGCAUCAAACGGCAGCGAAAAUUUAGAUGAGGACGAACGAGAAAUCACUAUUGGCCGCUUUAGACUGAGAAGCACCAGUUCCAAUGCAACUCGUAAAUUUUCGGCUUUGAUCGAUCGAAAGUUAAGUUUGUUUACUCGAAAGAAAAAUUCAACUUCUCAGGAUUCAACACAUGUGGUUCAAAAUCAUAUUAAAGAUUUUGAACAAAAAAUGGAUGGAUUAUCACGUUCGGCGCCGUAUGCAACAAUUAGCGAAGAUGUCGAAUCCAAAAAUUAUGAUACAGAAAGCGGCCAGAUACCAUCACCGCUUUCUUUCAUUUCUAAUCCGAAACAAAAAUCACCCAAUGAAGAUGUUUUCGAUUUACAUGCUAAGAAAAGUCUUUCGUUACGUAAUCGGAAAUUAUCAUUUACUGGAUUUAGCAUUGGGAGUGGAGGCUCAGUAGAAACAAUACAGAUGCAAAAUAAUGCACAAAUAUAUACGAAAACUGCUAAUUAUAAGGGUACAAUAGUUGCAAUUAAGAACUUAAAUAUCGAUCCAAAGAAGUAUCCGAAGCUUGAUUUGACCCGUUCUAUGUUAAUGGAAUUUAAGCGGAUUAAGGAUCUGCAGCAUGAUCAUAUUACUAGAUUUGCUGGAGCCUGUGUUGACUGUCCACAUUAUUGUCUGGUGCAGGAGUAUUGUCCCAAAGGGUCUCUAGAAGAUAUUUUAGAAAACGAAAAAAUUGAACUAGACAAAAUGAUGAAGUAUUCGUUGUUACAUGACUUAGUUAAGGGUAUGUAUUUUUUGCACAAUACAUUUGUUGGUUCACAUGGUAAAUUGAAAUCAUCAAAUUGUGUUGUGGAUAGUCGAUUUGUACUCAAAGUUACUGAUUUUGGUUUUCACGAAUUGCAUGCUAUGGAAGAUGAAAGUCCCGAAGAGAUAGGCGAGCAUGCCUUUUACAAAAAGAAAUUAUGGACAGCACCAGAAAUACUACGUAAUCCGAAUGCAUAUCGACAGAAUGGUACAAAGGCGGGUGAUGUAUAUAGUUUUGCCAUAAUAUUGCAUGAAAUGUUGUUUCGAAAAGGUGCCUUCUAUAUGACUGAUGAAUUCGCACCCAAAGAAAUCUAUGAACGUGUGCAAAGAGUACCAGCGUUUGAUGAGGAGUUGUGUAGGCCGGAAAUACCUGAAAGUGCCUUAGUCGAUGGACAAAUUGAGCCGAAUUUGAUUAAUUUGAUGAUUAGUUGCUGGGCUGAAGAAUCUCAAGAACGUCCCGAUUUUGCUGUUAUCCGAAAAGUAGUUCGCUCAUUAAAUAAAAGUAAUGAGACAUCUAAUGUGGUUGAUAAUUUAUUGAAACGUAUGGAACAGUAUGCGAAUAAUCUGGAAGGUUUGGUGGAAGAACGAACACAAGAAUAUCUUGCCGAAAAGCAAAAAGUUGAAGAUCUGUUGCAUCAGCUGUUGCCCCGUAGUGUUGCGGAUCAGUUAAUAAGUGGAUGCGCUGUGCAAGCGGAAGCAUUCGAAAGUGUCACUAUCUACUUUUCCGAUAUUGUUGGAUUUACAGCACUGUCAUCAAUGUCAACACCAAUGCAGGUAGUGACAUUAUUGAACGAUUUAUACAUGGCAUUCGACGGUGUUGUGGACAAUUUUAAAGUAUAUAAGGUGGAGACGAUCGGAGAUGCAUAUAUGGUAGUAUCUGGUCUACCUGAACGGCACAAUCACCACGCUUCACAAAUUGCUCAGAUGUCAUUGGCGCUCUUGCAUAAAGUGAAAAAUUUCGUGAUCAGGCAUCGGCCCAAUGAACAACUGAAACUACGUAUCGGAAUUCAUUCUGGACCGGUAGUUGCUGGAGUAGUGGGUUGUAAAAUGCCACGAUAUUGUUUAUUUGGUGAUACAGUAAAUACGAGUAGUCGAAUGGAAAGUACCGGUCUGCCACUUCGGAUUCACGUGAGUAGUCAGACAAAAGCUAUCCUGGAUAAGGAAGAUCCAGGAUUCAAUUUGGUGCUUCGCGGUGAAGUGGAAAUGAAGGGUAAAGGAAAGCAGAUAACUUACUGGCUAAAAGGUUACAAUGACAUUCGUAUUCCUGAUUUUGGACCAGAAUUUGAAUAG